GUCGCGGUGAAUUGCGUUCCUGCUAGAGACACAUGAUGGGGAACUGAAUGCCGUAUGUGCGCUCCUGGAGUUUGACUGCGAAAACUACUGUAAUCCUACAUGUUGUCGAGACGAUGGAGUCCAAAAUAAAAUAACAGAGGUGACUGAAGCACCAAGCCCUCAGUAGGACUCCAUCAAGCCGAAGGGGCCGCAACAGAAAUGGCAAACCUGAACUGGAAGCCUUUUGUCUAUGGGGGAAUGGCCUCAAUUGUCGCAGAAUUCGGUACGUUUCCCAUUGAUCUCACAAAAACACGGCUCCAGGUUCAAGGGCAGACGCACUGUAUGGAGGUCCGAUAUCGGGGCAUGUUCCACGCUUUGAUCAGGAUUGGUCGUGAAGAAGGCAUCCGGGCAUUGUACUCUGGAAUUUCACCUGCACUCCUCCGACAAGCUUCCUAUGGGACAAUCAAGAUCGGUACAUACAACACACUGAAGAAACUGUUUGUUAGUCAUCCAGAAGAUGAGACUAUGGUGAUUAAUGUGUUUUGUGGUGUGGUGUCUGGAGUUUUGUCGUCCUCUUUGGCAAAUCCAACUGAUGUGCUUAAGAUUCGCAUGCAGGCUCAAGGCAGCCUGUUACAGGGAAGCAUGAUGUCUAAUUUCAUCAACAUUUACCAGACAGAAGGCACGCGAGGCCUGUGGAGGGGUGUAAUUCCUACUGCACAGAGGGCAGCCAUCGUGGUGGGUGUAGAGCUGCCCGUUUAUGACAUCACCAAGAAGCAUUUGAUUCGUUCAGGCCUCAUGGGAGACACAGUGUUCACUCAUUUCAUUUCCAGUUUCACGUGUGGUCUGGCAGGUGCUUUGGCCUCCAACCCAGUGGAUGUGGUGAGGACACGUAUGAUGAAUCAGCGUGUGCUCGCAGGCAACCCUCUGUACAAGGGCACCCUGGACGGACUCAUGCAGACCUGGAAAAACGAAGGAUUUUUUGCUCUCUAUAAAGGCUUCUGGCCCAACUGGCUGCGUCUGGGGCCCUGGAACAUAAUUUUCUUCAUCACCUUUGAGCAGCUGAAGAAGCUUCCAUUGUAGAGUUUGUGACUUGACUGAACUGUGUAUGUGCUUGUGUGUUUGUGUGUGUGUGUGUGUGUGUGUGUGUGUGUCUAGGGCUUCUGUCCUUCAGCAUUUUCCCUCCCUUCUCCAUCACACACCUAGAAGUAUUUUUAAGAACAUUUAUUUUGUUCUUAUUUGCAUUGUACAUACUUGACCUAUUUAAACACACUUGUUUUUGCACCUAAAUGUUUUAUUUUUCACUUCUGGCAGCUAUCUCGUCCGACAGCGCCAUGUUCACAGGCCCAGUGGUGUUUUCAUAAUAUAUGCUUGAGAAGCCGCACUGGUGAAUAUUUGAGGUAAAGGGUAAAUAGUUUCUCCACACUGGCUUGAGAGUUUGGCAUUAUAGCAUAGAGCUUAAAGUUACUAAAAACACAUCCGCCAUAUGGGGGAUGUAAAGCAAUAGUUU